GAACAGGUGAUUGUUGUAGAUAAAUUUUUCUUCAUUAAAAAAUGUCUAUCAUUGUUUUAAUGGUGUUUAUGAAAGAGUUAUUUAAAAUUCUUAGGCAAUAUGUCUUAUUGGCUUGUGUAUCUUACAUCAUUUUAUUAAAUGUUCUGCAGUAAAAUAGCUGUCUGCAAAAGCAGAAUUGGUCCCUUCUCCCUUUAGAUCAAAAUACAAAGAGCUUUAUGGAACAAGUAAUGAGCAUUCAAUAAAUCGAAUUAUUGAGUAAUUGAUGUGCCAGUACUACUUUGUCAUUAGAACUUAACCCAUUUUUUAAAAUAAGGUUAUUUUAACCCCUAUCACUUGGGCCUAAUUGUUUAUUAUGAAAAUACCACUUGCUGUUAUAUAUCUUUUGAGGAGUAUGUUUUUUCUGCUUCCCUCUCCGUCUCUCUCCUAUCCACAUCCUCCCAGGGAAAUCUGAGGAACCAAACUGUUCUUGUGAUCAGUUUCGUUGUGGUAAUGGAAAGUGUAUACCAGAAGCCUGGAAAUGCAAUAACAUGGAUGAGUGUGGAGAUAGUUCUGAUGAAGAGAUCUGUGCCAAGGAAGCUAAUCCUCCAACAGCUGCUGCUUUUCAGCCCUGUGCUUACAACCAGUUCCAGUGUCUUUCCCGUUUCACCAAAGUUUACACUUGCCUCCCUGAAUCCUUAAAAUGUGAUGGGAACAUUGACUGCCUCGACCUAGGAGAUGAGAUAGACUGUGACGUGCCAACUUGUGGGCAAUGGUUAAAAUAUUUUUAUGGUACUUUCAAUUCUCCCAAUUAUCCAGACUUUUAUCCUCCUGGAAGCAAUUGCACUUGGUUAAUAGACACUGGUGAUCAUCGUAAAGUCAUUUUGCGCUUCACUGACUUUAAACUUGAUGGUACUGGUUAUGGUGACUAUGUCAAAAUAUAUGAUGGAUUAGAGGAAAAUCCACACAAGCUUCUGCGUGUGUUAACUGCUUUUGAUUCUCAUGCACCUCUUACAGUUGUUUCUUCUUCUGGACAGAUAAGGGUACAUUUUUGUGCCGAUAAAGUGAACGCUGCAAGGGGAUUUAAUGCUACUUACCAAGUAGAUGGCUUCUGUUUGCCAUGGGAAAUACCCUGCGGAGGUAACUGGGGGUGUUAUACUGAGCAGCAGCAUUGUGAUGGAUAUUGGCAUUGCCCAAAUGGAAGGGAUGAAAUCAAUUGUACCAUGUGCCAAAAGGAAGAAUUUCCAUGUUCCCGAAAUGGUGUGUGUUAUCCUCGUUCUGAUCGCUGCAACUAUCAGAAUCAUUGCCCAAAUGGAUCAGAUGAAAAAAACUGCUUCUUUUGCCAGCCAGGAAAUUUUCAUUGUAAAAAUAAUCGUUGUGUGUUUGAAAGCUGGGUAUGUGAUCCUCAAGAUGACUGUGGUGAUGGGAGCGAUGAGGAGAACUGCCCAGUAAUUGUGCCUACCAGAGUCAUAACUGCAGCCGUCAUAGGGAGCCUUAUUUGUGGCUUGUUACUCGUCAUUGCACUGGGAUGUACUUGUAAGCUUUAUUCUCUGAGAAUGUUUGAACGAAGGUCUUUUGAAACACAGUUGUCAAGAGUGGAAGCAGAAUUGUUAAGAAGAGAAGCCCCUCCCUCUUAUGGACAAUUGAUCGCUCAGGGUUUAAUACCACCAGUUGAAGACUUUCCUGUUUGUUCGCCUAAUCAGGCUUCUGUUUUGGAAAAUCUGAGGCUAGCUGUACGAUCUCAGCUUGGAUUUACUUCAGUCAGACUUCCUAUGGCAGGCAGAUCCAGCAACAUUUGGAAUCGUAUUUUUAAUUUUGCAAGAUCACGUCAUUCAGGGUCAUUGGCUUUGGUUUCAGCAGAUGGAGAUGAGGUUGUCCCUAGUCAGAGUACCAGCAGAGAAUCUGAAAGAAGUCAUACUCACAGAAGUUUGUUUUCCAUGGAGUCUGAUGAUACAGACACAGAAAAUGAGAGAAGAGAUGCAGCAGGAGCAUCUGGUGGCGUUGCAGCUCCUUUGCCCCAAAAAGUCCCUCCCACAACAGCAGUAGAAGCAGCAAUAGGAGCAUGUGGAAGUUCCUCAACCCAGACUACUCGAGGUGGUCCUGCAGAAAAUGGAAGGGAUGUGACAAGUGUGGAACCCCCAAGUGUGAGUCCAGCAAGUCACCAGCUUACAAGCGCACUAAGUCGUGUGACUCGGGGGCUACGUUGGGUACGUUUUACAUUAGGGCGAUCAAGCUCCAUAAAUCAGAACCAGAGUCCUUUGAGACAACUUGAUAAUGGGGUAAAUGGAAGAGAAGAAGAUGAUGAUGUUGAAAUGCUAAUUCCAGUUGCUGAUGGAGCUUCAGACUUUGAUGUGAAUGACUGCUCCAGACCUCUUCUUGAUCUUGCCUCAGAUCAAGGACAAGGGUUUAGACAACAAUAUAGUGCAACAAACCCUGGAGUAAGGCCAAGUAAUCGAGAUGGCCCCUGUGAGCGCUGUGGAAUUGUCCACACUGCCCAGAUACCACACACUUGCUUAGAAGCAACAAUGAAAAAUGAAACGAGUGAUGAUGAGGCUUUGUUACUUUGUUAGGUACAAAUCACAUAAGGGAGAUUGUGUACAGGUUGGAGCAAUAUCCAUUCAUUUUUUUGUAACUUUACAAUUAAACUAGUUUUAGUUUAAAAGAAAAAAAGAUGCAGGGUGAUUUCUUAUUAUAUGUUAGCCCGCAUGGUUAAAUUAAACAACUUGUAACUCUAUGAACUUAGAGUUUACUAUUUUAGCAGCUAAAAA